CUCUGCAAAAUUUACAUAAAAUCAUGAAUAAAUUACACGACCACAAACUAGCCAUUCCCACCAUAGCAGCGGGUCUAGACAAACGAAAUUGGUCCAUUAUAAAACAAAUGAUAUAUUCCGAAUUCAAAAAUUGUAACAUAGAAUUAAUUAUUUGUUAUAAAACAUUAACUGACAUAACAAACAGUUGGAGAACACGCGAACAUGAAAAAAUUAUCAAUUUAAUACAUGACCAUUAUUUCUUUGAAAAAGUAAUCAAGGGUGUAAACAACAUUAACGAUAAUUACGAAAACUUACGACUUAACAACUAUAAUAUUAAUAAUAAAAUGAAUAAUAAAAAUAAUGAUAAAAUAAGAUUAUUCCCACAUAGCAAUCAGAAAACGAACCAUACCGGAUAUAACAAUAAAAAUAAUGAUGCAUUAGACACAACUUCUAAUCAUAAGUAUAAUAUCGAUAAUAAUGAUUAUAAUGAAAUAAACAUAAUAUUUAAUAAUUACAAACCCGGCGAAAAUGUUAAAGGAGAUGGAAAUUGUGGUCUCUAUGCCAUAUGUAAUGCCUUAAAUGACAAUAAAGAUAAUAGGAUAACCUCCAUAGGUCAACUUUUAGAGCUAUUACAGUUAUCAGACCUCCCAGGUCACUGGUUUUCGGAUAAUGAAUUAGCCUCUAUUGCAAACUAUUAUAAUCACAACACUUAUAUAUUUGACGAAAACACUAAAACGGCUAUUAUUUAUCGUGAUAAAAAUAUAAAAAGACCACAGAUCGUUCUUUACAAUACAAAUAAUACACACUGGAUCCCCGGUGUUAAAUCUAUUAAACCAUCAUUCAAAAUACCAAACAACUAUAUUGAAAUAAACGAUAUUACACCAUUAGAACAAAUAAUUACAAAAAUAAAACAAGAAUACAAAUUUGUAAGCAAAUCUAAUAUUAUAGAUAACGAAUUAAAAAACAUUGAACAAAUCCAAAUUAAAAAGACGCAUAGCAGUAAUAAGUCAAUUACCACUAACUCCAAUCUAAUAGACAACAAAGAAAUACUAUAUGACAAUGAAAAUACUCCAAUUAACAUAUCCCAUGAAUUAAAUAUAUCACAGCAUAAACAGGCUAUACAAUUAUUAAAAAAAUACUUACAUUUAUUUACAUCAGACGCAUCCAAUAUAAAAUCAGCAAAUGUAAAACCGUGCGAGAUAAAGUUGAAACCUAACUACAAAGACCCAAAAUUUCAUGCCCCCCAUAGAGUAUCUCCACAACAAAGAGACGAACUCAAAACACAAUUAGAUAAAUUAAAUAAAGCCGGUAUUAUUCGUCCAAUAAUAUCUAAAUUUGCAGCACCAGCCUUUUUAGUCAAGAAAAAGGAAAAGGGUUCAUACAGACUAGUAGUAUCCUACAAAGAACUAAAUGAAAGAGUCGAGACAGACCAAUAUCCCAUACCCAGAACUUCUGACCUAUUAAGAGCUCUAGAAGGAGCUACAUAUUUUACCUCUUUAGAUUUAAAUAGUGGUUUUUUCCAACUUCCUGUUAGAGAGGAAGACCAACAUAAGUUAGCUUUUACAUCGGUUCACGGGCUAAUGACUUUUACCAGAUUACCUCAAGGUUUUAAAAAUAGUAGUGCUAUUUUUCAAAGAACUUUAAAUGAGGCUUUUUCUGCACUAUUAUACAAAUCUAUAGUUAUUUACAUUGACGAUCUCGCCUCGUACGGAAAAAAUUUCAAUGAAGCACUUGUAAAUUUGGAAAAAGCACUUAAAAUAAUUGAUUUAUUAAACUUUUCUCUAAAAACAACUAAAUGUCAUUUUUUCAAUAACAAAAUACAAUUACUUGGUCACAUAAUAUCUCGAGACGGUACAAAACCCACUGAUACUAACACAAAAGCAAUUACUGAAUUCAAACAACCGAAAACUCAGAAAGAUGUUAGGUCAUUCAUAGGUAUGUGUUCAUAUUACAGAAAACACGUAAAAGAUUUUGCGAAAAUAGCUCACCCACUCACUGAAUUGACUAAGGGGGACACUAAAAAAAUUAUAUGGAACGAUGAACACGAACAAUCCUUUAAUCAGUUAAAACACAUUUUAACUUCUAAACCAGUACUAAACCAUUUUAAUGACGAAAAAGAAGUUUACUUAACUAUAGACGCUUCGUUAUUAGGUGUAGGAGCUUGCCUUGAACAAUGCGAUAAAAAUAACAUACUACGUCCAAUUGGAUACGCCUCUAGAAAAUUAUUAAAAAACGAAAAAACUUACUCGUCCACAACAUUGUAAUGAU